AUGGCUGAGACUUCCAGAACACAGGUUUACAUGCAAAACAGGGACAAGGCUGUGAGAGUGUCUCCACACACGGUCGCUGAAAUUCAGAUAUUGAUUAACCCUGUGAAUUUGCCUGAAAACCUGCUCCCUGGAACUCAGCUAAGUCGAGCUUAUGAUAAAGACGUGGCUGGAAGACCAAAUGCUUAUCGUUUUCUUAAUAAAACAAACGAUUUCAACAUUGAUGCAGGUUCUGGUGUAAUCACAGCUACCAAGGUGUUUAAUUACGAGUCAGAUCCAAUAAAGUUCCUUCUGAUCGUGGACAGUGGAGGACUUCAGAGACGUGUUUUGAUGGUCAACAUCCUUGAUGUUCCGGAACGUCCAGACUGUACAGCUGACCCACAGUUUUCUUCUGGCACAGCUACCGUUGAACUCCCAGAGGACUUCCCACCAUUUCAGUCCAUUUACAGAGUGACAGCCACAGAUGAGGACUUUGCCAAUGGUGAUCUGCUGAAGUACACCGUGGAAACACAGAUUUCUGGACCAAAGAGAGGUGCCAAAUGUUUUGACGUGGACCCUGUAACCGGUGUUGUUAGUGUGAAUGGUGAAGAUUCCUUGGAUUUCGAUGCUGGACAUCAUGUUUUCCAGCUUGCACUGAGAGCAACAGAUACAAGAGGUCUAUUUUGCCAAGGGUCUCUAAUCAUCAGAAUUCAAAAUGUAAAUGAUGAGAAACCUCAAUUUGAACCAUUUCCUUUGGAUGUGAUUAAUGUAACUGAGAAGAAACCUGUGGGAGAAAUGAUAACAAGAGUAAAAGCAACAGAUAGAGAUGGAGUCGGCAGCAUCACAUAUUCCUUUAAAACUCGGCAAGAAGUGUUUGGCUUGGAUCCCUUUACAGGCAUAAUCAGUCUUCUUCGACCUUUGGAUUUGGAUGAAUCAAGUAAGUCCAAAAUGUAUCCUCUGGAGGUUGAGGCCAGGGAUGACGGAAAUCACACCGGCACGUACGCAUUCACUGUCAUUGUGCAAAAUGUAGAUGACCCGAUUUCCUGUGAUCCAAGUUUUUCAAAUGGAGCAGGUGUUUCAGUGACUGUUCCUGAAAAUACUCGAGCAUCCACUCCUAUAUAUACAAUUCUUUCAAGAGAUCCCCAUGGACAAAUGGAAGUAAGCUUGUUCAAACUUGUGAUUUCUGCGAGAAGCCGGGAGGACCUGUCUGCGGAGUCGUGCACUGGCACCAUUUGGAUAAACAUCCAGAACAUUAAUGAUGAGACGCCUGUCUUUACAUACAUACCAGACCAACCUAUAAAUAUUUAUGAGAAUCUGCCUGUUGGAACCGAGAUGAUCAAAUUGACAGCGACUGAUAAUGACUUAGGGGACUCAGUACAUUAUGAAUUUAUAGGAACCCCCAAAGAAUUUUCCAUACAUGAAGAUUCAGGAGCGGUUACAGUUAGCUACCCUUUGGAUUAUGAAGAUGCAGACACCCCCAAGUACUGGGUGUUAUACUUCAGAGCCUACGAUAACGAACGAAUGCAUUCAACAACUGGUACCCUCACGGUGAUCCUCCAAGACGUGAAUGACAACCGGCCACAAUGCUCGCAAGACAUUUACGUAAUUGAGCUUCCUGAAAACAUCCCAGUGGAAACUCUUUUAGCAUCUCUGACUUGUACAGAUAAGGAUGGAACUGCUCCCAAUAACAAUAUCACUUAUCAUUUGGUGACGGAUAGUUUUUCAAAUGAAACUUUUACCCUCAGAAACAAUGAACUAAAAAUUGGACCUGCACAUCUAGAUUAUGAUAACGCUAUUUUUGCAGGAAUGCACUUCAAAUACACCAUAUUUGUGAAAGUGUCAGAUGGAGGAAAUCCGACAUUAUCAACAAUUAUUAUAGUCAUCCUAAGAGUGACUCGCAUAAAUGAACUGAAUCCAACUGGAAUCAACUCAGAGUUUACCUUCAGCAUACUUGAAAAUAGUCCGGUUGAGACACUGGUUGGAAAAAUCACAUUUACAGAUUCAGACUGGCCGUUUAAUAAUGUGAAAUACAGCAUUGUUGGUGGCAAUUUGGGAACACCUCCCAAAUUUUACAUUGAGCCAGACACAGGAAUGAUAAAGCUAUUGGAUUCCCUAGACAGAGAAAUGCAAUCACAAUACAAGCUAACUGUGACAGUAACGGAUUUGGACAACGAUGCUCUGCCCGAUCCCCUAAGACAGAGAAGUGCCAGUGCCCAGGUGACCAUUGAUGUCCUGAACGUGAAUGAUGAACCUCCGGUAUGCACACCGCCACACUUGGAAAUUCAGAUUUAUUCAACGGUUAAGAUUCCUUUCAUUCAACUCAACUGUUCGGACAAAGAUUCCCCACAGCAACAUCUGAGCUAUUCAAUUUUAAGAGGAAACACAAAUAAUCGGUUCACGCUUUGGAGACGAGCUGCUGAGCCUCCUUCUCUGGCCGCCACGCCGAACUUCCAGGGUGAUGUAUUUCAAGACAUUCUAACUCCCAUGACUUUCCAGUUACUUAUCGAAGUUACUGAUGAAUUAGGUGGGAAUAAAGCUAGGCAGCUGUCAGCCACCACCACAGUCAUAAUUCAUGUGUUUCCCUGGACCAUAACACAGCCAACUUCCUCCACAAAACCAGCUCCAACUACAGUGACCACCUCCGUUCUGAUGAAGAUUUCUUAUUACUGGAGCCCUGACAACUGGAUUCCUGCAGUCCUCACACUCACGGGGGUUCUUUUUCUGGCGUGUCUCUAUGCUGUAGCAUGGUGCCUCUUCAAAGAUGUCGCUGCCUGUUCAAGGUUAUUUCCACACUGUCGUGAACAUCAACAGAACCAGCCAAGUCUUGGAACAGCAGAGUCUGGAAAAGCCAUAAGGUAACAACAUACUUAACUUUGUAGAGAAUGACAUUUGGGGCUUUACGAUUUA